CACCGCCGCCGCCGUCUCGCACACGGGGCACAGGACGCGCGCGAUCCCCUCGAGUCCGGAUUGCCAUGGCCACCACGGCGUUCGCCGCCGCCAGGUUCUUCCCCGCCCACCUCGACUCCUCCCCACGCAUCGCGCCCCACCGCGUCGGGCCCACCGCGAAUCUCUCCUUCUCACCGCUUUCCGCCAACUCCUCGUCCCUGCGCCGCCUCCAUUCCCCCUGCCCAUCCGGCCCCGGGGGUAGGCUGCCCCCGCCGCCGCGAUCGUACGGCGGCGCCGGCGGAUCUGGCGACGCCGCGAACUCCGGUGGCGGCGAAGGCCGCCGCGGAGGCAUCCUCGGGCUCCUCCUCGCCGGGUGGGCCGCCCGCGUCGCUGCGGACCCGCAGUUCCCUUUCAAGGUGCUCAUGGAGGAGCUCGUCGGCGUCACCGCUUGCGUGCUUGGCGACAUGGCCUCCCGCCCUAACUUCGGCCUCAACGAGUUGGACUUCGUCUUCUCCACGCUCGUCGUCGGAUCCAUCCUCAACUUCGUCCUCAUGUACCUCCUCGCCCCCACCGCCGGCGUCGCCGCCGCCGCGUCGUCCGCCGCGUCCGCGCUCCCCAGCCACAUGUUCGAGCCCGGCGCGUACUCCCUCGGCUCCCGCGUCGCCACGAUCAUGUCCAAGGGCGCCACCUUCGCGGUGGUCGGGUUCGCGGCCGGGCUCACCGGAACCGCGAUCUCCAACGGGCUGAUCGCGAUGCGGAAGCGCAUGGACCCGGCGUUCGAGACGCCCAACAAGCCGCCGCCCACGCUGCUCAACGCGGCCACCUGGGCGCUCCACAUGGGUGUCAGCAGCAACCUGCGGUACCAGACGCUGAAUGGGAUCGAGUACCUGCUCGGCAAGGUCGCACCGGCGCCGGUGUUCAAGGUGUCCGUUGUUGCUCUCCGCUGCAUGAACAACGUGCUGGGUGGGAUGUCCUUCGUGCUGCUUGCCAGGCUGACCGGGGCGCAGAAAUCAGACAAGCCAGCGACGGUCGCGGAAGAGAAGGAGAGGUUGAUAGCUGUGGGCAAUGCCGCAGCAGAUGCCAUCAACGAGGCGAGGCAUGGAGAGGGUAAGUAGGUGGUAGAGGAGAGAGACGAGUAAGUUGAUGGUGCAUCAUCUCAGACUCGUUUGCUGGUUCUUGGACAUAGACCAAGAAACUCACCUAGUCACCUGUAGAGUUGGUUGGAAUAAGGAGUGGAGUGAGGUUCAGAACUUCUUUUUUAAAAAACUCUGUUUGUGGUUUAUCGGUGUUGAUGAUGACAUGCUUAGUGAUGGUAGAAUAAAGUUUUUUUUUCCUCUCAUGCUCAUUUGAUCGUUGACUCGAUGGGUAGCCUGUUUGUUAAAUACCUUCAGUUUUUGCAUGCA